CACUAUCCCAAACACAACAAUGCAACGGACAUUAGCACGAUCAACAGCUGCCCUCUCCGCUGUCCAUCGCGGGGUCGCCUUCGAGGAGCGGUCGCGACGGGUUCUCCAGACCCACAUGUCAAUGUCGAUGCGCCGUGUGGGUGGGGCGAGCGACGGGGGGAUCGACCUUCAGGGCUGGUGGUGGAUCCCUUCUCCAGCUCCAAGCGAAGAUUCGUCAACGCAACCGGGGGUGCUAUAUACCGACACUGGGGAGCGACGAAGAAGGAUUCGGGUCAUCGCCCAGUGCAAGGCGGAGACGAGGAAGAUGGGCCCGAAUUACGUGCGGGAGAUGGAGGGCGUAUUGCAUACACUCAAUGCCAAUGCGCUGCAGGCUCACGUCAAUGGCGAGAUUUCGCUGGAAACACCAACAAUCCCAAUCGUCGCAAUUAUCAUCUCGCAGUCGAACUUUACACGAGCAACUCGACUUCGUGCAAUGUCAAGCCCUCUUCCCUUCAUUCUUAUGUAUCUCCCGCCAGUCUCCCGCGUGGUUCAAGAAAGCAGAAGCGAACAAUCAGAAGAGGAGGAGGAUCAGAUUGGGUCGGCAAUAUGGAAUGUUGCUGUGAGUGGUGAAAAGGGUGUUCUGCGAGGGCAAGGAGAACUGAGAUGGGAGAGAAAGGCCGGCGACAUCGGUCGCCCAGGACUUUGGUGGGCAGGAAGGAAGCUGCGAAAUUGGGUGCCCCCGGAGACUCAGGUCGACGAGGAAGUCGACGAAGAGCUGCAGGUGGCGUGAAUGGAACAUACUGAUUUGUCGACUCAUCAAGUGCAAAUCGUUCUCCAUGCAUCACUCAACGGUGGACUCGGUUUGCUUGCGCUGAAUCCCUCAACAGCUGGCCACCAUUCCACAUCUGGAGGUGCACCAUGAUCACCGAUAUUGGCGACGAGGGACAUCAUCUAACAAGCG